UUAAUGAUUUUGUGCUUUUACAUAAAAUGAAAUCUUCUAGGGCACGAAGAAUUAAAAACCCAAUAAUCCAACGUAAGGCGUAUUUAUCUGUAUCGGAUUCUGUGUCUGGCUGGGAACUGUGGCCUUAGGGCGUAGAGCCAUAAUAAUGACUUCUCUUGUAAUGAAUGAUCUCUCUGUUUUUGGCAGGACCUGUUCUCUGGAUGUCAGCUGAGUUACUGAGGUAGCUCUGCAUGUCAGUAGACAGACCUUGGUAGCACCUCAAGGCUCCUGGAGACCCCCAUCCCUCGCUUUUUUUCGGUGCGUGUCCUCACUGAGCAGUCAAAACUGUUUCUCCAAAGGGUUUUGCAAAAACUGAGACUGUUUCCCAAAGCAGAAGCACUGGAGUCCACGGCCGAAGCGAUGGGCAGCGUGCGGACCAACCGCUACAGCAUCGUGUCCUCCGAGGAAGACGGCAUGAAGCUGGCCACCAUGGCGGUCGCCAACGGCUUCGGGAACGGCAAGAGCAAAGUCCACACCCGACAGCAGUGCAGGAGCCGCUUUGUGAAGAAAGACGGGCACUGCAACGUUCAGUUCGUGAACGUGGGGGAGAAGGGACAGCGGUACCUGGCGGACAUCUUCACCACGUGCGUGGACAUUCGCUGGCGGUGGAUGCUGGUCAUCUUCUGCCUGGCCUUCGUGCUGUCCUGGCUGUUCUUCGGCUGCGUGUUUUGGUUGAUAGCCCUGCUCCACGGGGACCUGGAUGCCACCAAGGAGAGCAAAGCCUGCGUGUCCGAGGUCAAGAGCUUCACGGCCGCCUUCCUCUUCUCCAUUGAGACCCAGACCACCAUAGGCUACGGCUUCAGGUGCGUCACGGACGAGUGCCCGAUCGCCGUUUUCAUGGUGGUCUUCCAGUCGAUCGUGGGCUGCAUCAUCGACGCCUUUAUCAUCGGCGCGGUCAUGGCCAAGAUGGCCAAACCGAAGAAGAGGAACGAGACUCUCGUCUUCAGUCACAACGCUGUGAUCGCCAUGAGAGACGGCAAGCUGUGCCUGAUGUGGCGAGUGGGCAACCUUCGGAAGAGCCACCUGGUGGAGGCUCACGUUCGGGCCCAGCUCCUCAAAUCCAGAAUUACUUCGGAAGGGGAGUACAUCCCCCUGGAUCAAAUAGACAUCAACGUCGGGUUUGACAGCGGCAUUGACCGUAUAUUUCUGGUGUCCCCCAUCACCAUAGUCCAUGAAAUCGACGAAGACAGCCCUUUCUAUGACUUGAGCAAGCAGGACAUUGACAACGCAGACUUUGAAAUCGUCGUGAUCCUGGAAGGCAUGGUGGAGGCCACGGCCAUGACCACCCAGUGCCGUAGCUCGUACCUGGCCAACGAGAUCCUCUGGGGCCACCGCUACGAGCCCGUCCUCUUUGAGGAGAAGCAUUACUACAAAGUGGACUAUUCCAGGUUCCACAAGACCUAUGAGGUCCCCAACACGCCCCUCUGCAGCGCCAGAGACUUAGCCGAGAAGAAAUACAUCCUUUCCAACGCAAAUUCAUUUUGCUAUGAAAAUGAGGUGGCCCUCACGAGCAAAGAGGAGGAAGACAGUGACAAUGGCGUUCCGGAAAGCACGAGCAUGGACACGCCGCCCGACAUAAACCUUCACAACCAGGCCAGCGUACCUCUAGAGCCCAGGCCCUUACGGCGAGAGUCGGAGAUAUGACUGACCGAUCCCUUCUCUGGAGUAGUUACGUCCAAACACAGUGUGUCGGUCAGAGGCCCCAGACAGUGAUUCAGACGACGGUACUGGCGCAGAGGUGGGUCAAGGCAGGCGGCCGCCGGGGACUGAGGCUAGCACGAUGGUUUCCGAGGAAGACCCUCAGCUCGGAGACGAGCGGAAAGCACGGAACACGCCUCCCCGUGACCCGACGGCACGUGCAACGUGCUGUAGAAUAAGUUAUGGGGGCGUCGAUGUCUCGUGUUGCGUUUCGACAAAACUUGAACUUGCAGGCAAGCCUUGGUUGGGUGUUUGACUUACCCAGAAUGCUUCUCUUUAGGGAACAAGAGUGUUUUUAAUGGCAUAACAAAGGCAAGAGUCUCUGCCUUAAUCUCGAAAAGCUGCUAACUACGUGCACACAAAUUGUAUUUUUGUUGCAGUGUAGUUUUCCUGUAGUGUAAUUUAAAAGUCAGUAUUGAACUUUGUGGAAAGCUCAUGAUAUGCACUUCAAAAUGGUUAUUAGCUGCCAAAGCGAGAGCCUGAUUUUUGGAGGCCAGUAAUUUGUUUGCUAGGAUUGAUUUUUACCCCCCUCUCUGUCUCUGGUUACAUAAGGGCAUUAUGUAACGCUAGCCAAAUGGUAGCCUCCGGGUUGGGUUUUUGUUUUUUUUUGUUUUUUUCUUCCCUCUUCAUGAUGUUAAUGGGUUAUCUCAAAUUUUAAGUUAGAACUACCUAAAAUGAAUACCAAAGAUGAUGCACAUUUUUGCACAGUGGAGCUUAUCCUCAAAAGGAAGGAGAGUUCUCCAGAGCUGCCUUGAAAUCAAGAGACAAUGACGUUGAACCUCAGCAAGACCUUGAACUGCCCUCUAGAGAAAAUAGGACAUCGGACACACAGAGUCUAGUGAGUGUAGUGCUUUUAAAAUUCUGUUCUUUCAUGUAACUUUUGUAUGAAAAGGGAAAGAAGAAAGGGGGAGUGAAGUUCACACAGACACACGCACACACCCCCCCCCCACACACACCCGAGCACCUUUUCUCUCCUGUGAGACAGCGCUGGCCAGGCUGAUGCAUAAGGUGAGAGACGGUGACAGGCGCUUAGAUUUUUCUGGGUUUCCCCUUUUUGUGCAUUCCAGAACUCCAUCACCUAAGCCCUUGGUUGGAUUUAGUAGGCAUCCUCGAAACCGAGCCGUCCAACAUGGAAGGUUAAAUGAAACUAAACCCUUGCGGUUGGACUCGCCUCCCCGACUCCCGGGACGGUUCCAGAUCGACGUCGCCUUAGAGAAGAUGCCGCAGCAGCAGCCCUGUGGGGGCUGCCAGUCCCGCAGCGUCCGAGGGGGCUGCGGAGGCCGGAGCGGGAGGCGGCCAGCUGCGGACGGGCCCCUUGGGAUGUAGUACAUCAGCUCAGGUAUUCAGGAGGGAGAGGGAAUCUGCCUUAUUUGAAUGGUAGAGGGUAGGAAUGAAAGGGUCUCAGUAUUUCAAGGUCACCAAGAGCCAUACAAAAUAGGACACACCCACAUAAAAGGAGGUAAUGGCCCAGUAGGGUUAUUUCCCCUUUAUAUCGGCACACUCAUGAUUGAACCUGAGGUCCCUUGUUCCCUGGGGACCCCUAGAGCCGGUGACUAAGGACACGUGGUUUUCCGAAGCCUCUCCUGCCUGGCUGCCUGGCUCGCUGAACACAAUUUUUUCCCCCUAUUCGAGCUUAAUAAUGGAAUUUUUUUUUUUU